AACUAAAAAUACAUAGUCAACAUGACGCCAUGUGCUUUCUAGAAGCUCCUGCGUGUUUCGAGUCUGUUCUGAUCGGCUAUAUAACCAGGAACGUCCUGACUACCGCACAUUCAACACACAGACAGCAGAGAGUACACAGAAAACGCUGUUAAAGCUCAAAAGAGAUUGUCAACGUACCUUCAUUGAAUAAUUCUCUUCUUGACACUCACAAUGGCGGGCGGUAAGGCUCCAGCUGUAGGAAUCGACUUGGGGACAACAUACUCCUGUGUUGGGGUAUUUCAGCAUGGGAAAGUUGAGAUUAUUGCCAACGAUCAGGGAAACAGAACUACCCCGAGCUACGUCGCAUUCACGGACAGUGAACGGCUGUUAGGAGAUGCGGCCAAGAACCAAGUGGCUCUCAAUCCCCAAAACACAGUGUUCGACGCGAAGCGACUCGUCGGACGAGAGUUCAAGGACUCUACCGUUCAGGCGGACAUGAAGCACUGGCCAUUCAAAGUCGUCGAUCAUGGCGGUAAGCCUCGCGUGAGGGUGGAAUACAAGAAUGAAGAUAAGACAUUCGCACCUGAGGAGCUAAGCUCUAUGGUUCUCACCAAGAUGAAAGAAACUGCCGAGGCAUACCUGGGCGGCAGGGUAACGGACGCUGUGAUCACAGUCCCUGCAUACUUCAACGACGGACAGCGGCAGGCGACAAAAGAUGCCGGGACAAUUGCCGGUCUGAACGUGCUUAGAAUUAUCAACGAACCUACAGCGGCUGCUCUGGCAUAUGGACUUGAUAAGAAUCUCAAAGGUGAGAAAAAUGUGCUCAUUUUCGAUCUUGGAGGAGGCACAUUUGAUGUAUCUAUUUUGACAAUUGACGAGGGGUCUCUGUUUGAGGUGAGAUCAACAGCAGGGGAUACCCAUUUGGGGGGUGAAGAUUUUGACAACAGGUUGGUCAGUCACUUUGUGGAGGAAUUCAGGAGAAAACAUAAGAAAGAUUUGAGUGCGAGUCCUCGAGCCAUGCGUCGACUUCGUACAGCAUGUGAGCGUGCAAAGAGAACCCUGUCAGGCAACUCUGAGGCGGGAAUAGAGAUUGACUCCCUGUUCGAGGGGGCCGACUUCUACAGCAAGAUAACCCGAGCAAGAUUUGAAGAAUUGUGUUCCGACCUAUUCCGGGGUACUUUGGAGCCAGUGGAGAAGGCACUUCGUGACGCAAAGAUGGACAAGUCGAGCAUCCACGAGGUUGUUCUUGUUGGAGGAUCCACCCGAAUUCCAAAGAUCCAGAAACUUCUGCAAGAUUUCAUGAACGGGAAGGAAUUAAACAAAUCCAUCAACCCCGACGAGGCCGUCGCAUAUGGCGCUGCUGUCCAAGCUGCCGUCUUGACCGGUGACACAAGCGACGCGAUCAAGGACGUGCUACUAGUCGACCUUGCUCCUCUGUCCCUAGGGAUCGAGACAGCGGGGGGCGUUAUGACCAAACUAGUGCAGAGGAACACCACCAUCCCGACAAAGACGACACAGACUUUCACCACCUAUUCUGACAACCAACCCGCCGUCUCCAUACAAGUAUACGAGGGAGAGAGAACAAUGACGAAAGACAAUCACUUGAUGGGCAAGUUUGACUUGACAGGAAUCCCCCCAGCCCCACGGGGUAUUCCACAGAUCGAGGUGACGUUUGACAUCGACGCCAACGGCAUCCUCAACGUCACGGCAGUGGAGAAGGGCACGGGGAAAUCCAACAAGAUCACCAUCACCAACGACAGUGGGCGUCUUAGUGCAGAGGAGAUAAAGAAAAUGGUGGACGAAGCGGAGACGUACAGGGAGGAAGAUGAAAAACAGAAGGAACGGGUCAACAGUCGGAACAAACUGGAGACGUACAUCUUCAGCGUUAAAGGUGCCGUGGAGGACGCAGGGGACAAACUGGGGGAGGGGGACAAGGAGAUGGCGAAGCAGUCCUGUAGUGAAACACUUACCUGGCUGGACAAUAACAUGCUCGCUGAAUGUGAGGAAUACGAACAUCAGUACACUGAACUGCAGAAGACGUGCAGCCCUAUCAUGGCCAAACUGCAUGGGGCGGGGCAGAGUGGGCGUGGUCAGGAAUCCCAACCCAAGGGUGGGGCAACGGAAGAUAUCGAUAUCGAUUAACUGGACUCUGAAUCUGAAUGUGUUCUCGCGGAAGUAAAUGUGUUUGUUUUGUUUUUUCUUUAUAAUGCGAAGUAUUGUGAUUUUUGUGUACAUCAUUGUUUAAUACGGGACAUCAGGAUUUCAAUUUUCUCUCAGAAUAUGUAAGUACUGAUGAUGAUCAUGACGAGUACAUAGCUAUAAUGACUUAGUUUACAGAUAAAAGUCACAUUUAUUCUUGUUUAUUGCAACCGACGAUGUUAACUAUUUAAGAAAUGAAUUAAUUUUCAAAAUAAACCGGUACAGGAUGAUAAAUAAAAUCUUUAUCUUUACGCUGUACUUUAUUUCACCGGACCCAGAAUUCUGUAGAGAAAUAUGUUUUAAAAUAUUGCGAUUUUUUUUCACAUUUUUGUUUGUAUAUAUACUUCUACUAAUGUUAUGGAACAGAACUCACUGAACAAAGUUAUCUAUGCAAAACCCUCGCGUUUCAGUUGCUUCCGGAGACACAGUUUACCAUGUCAUAUCACCCGUGAUUCAUAUGCCAUAUUCCAAAUAACAAACAUGAGAUUUUUUCUGUUAUAUAUGGUCACGCCCAAUUACAUGCUUGGUGUCUUAACUCUACAGAUUGUUGCAAUACCGAAUAUUUUUGGCUCAGCUUAUUCUAUAUUUUCAGGUCAAGAUGUUUUUGUCAUAUGUUUAUCAUGUAUAUGUAAUAAAUAUGACUUUAAAUUA